AUGAAGCCCAAUGUUCAGUACCCUUAUCAUAAAAAUGUUCAAGAUCUUGCAGCAAACAGCGAUGCAUUGAUUCCCUGCUGUACAUUGACAGAUGAAACCUACCAUGUAGUUAACAAGGAUGUUAUGACUGCCUUGGGGAAGGACAGUAUUAUUGUCAAUAUUGGACGUGGAGCACUGAUCGAUGAGAAGGAAUUGAUAAUUUCUGCAUUCUACCUUAUUAGAUUAGCAAAGGUUAAAUUAUAUGGAAAAGUAUUCUCCAUUGGCUCGAGGGUUGCUAAGAGGCUCGAGGCAUUUGGCUGCAGCAUUCCUUACAACUCAAGGAAGAUGAAGCCCAAUGUUCAGUACCCUUAUCAUAAAAAUGUUCAAGAUCUUGCAGCAAACAGCGAUGUAUUGAUUCCCUGCUGUACAUUGACAAAUGAAACCUAUCAUGUAGUUAACGAGGAUGUUAUGACUGCCUUGGGGAAGGACAGUAUUAUUGUCAAUGUUGGACGUGGAGCACUGAUCGAUGAGAAGGAAUUGAAAUGGUGGAGAUUCUUCGAGGAGAAGUGCUACUUGUAUCAGUUUUACAAGGUGCCGAAAUUCAAUGAGUACAUGCAGGAAAAUCAACUUUACAGAAAAGUACAUGGUUACCUGAAUUCCUUACCCGGCGUGGAAGAUUCUGAUUUCACCAAUCUAUACUCAGGUAACAAAUCCACUGAAAUCAAUCUCGUUCUAGAUUCGAAUCAGGUGGUUUUGGACGAUUUUCUUGGCGCCAGACUGUAUUGGAUGAACGAAGAAACUAGCUCAAAAUCGCUCAUUCUGAAGAUCAGAAAGAAAGACAAGCGAAGAAUUCUAGUUCCUUAUUUGCAGCAUAUUCACACAGUGUUCGAUGGUAUUGAGCAGAAAAGGAAAGAGGUGAGACUAUUCGUUAACGUAGAAACCGAACUGCUGAGAAACGGACGCUGGAGAUCGAUUCCGUUCACUCAUCCAGCGACUAUGGAUACAGUCGUAAUGGAUACGGAUCUGAAGAAUAAAAUCAAAUCAGAUCUGGAAAAUUUUCUGAAGUCCAAACAGUAUUAUCACCGAUUAGGCCGUGUUUGGAAGAGAAGCUUCUUACUAUACGGACCCUCCGGCACUGGAAAAUCGACGUUCAUCGCUGCCAUAGCCAAAUUCCUUCACUACGAUGUAUACGAAUUCGAUUUAAACAAAAUCGCCGGUGAUUCAGAUCUGAAAUUCCUUAUGCUACAAACUUCGAACAAAUCGCUGAUCGUGAUCGAAGAUCUGGAUCGUUACCUGAACGCGAAAUCAACGACCGUGAGCUUUCCAGGGAUUUCAAAUUUCAUGGAUGGGAUUUUUUCAUGCUGUGGCGAAGAAAGGGUGAUGGUAUUCACAAUGAACAGUAAGGAGAAUAUUGACCCGACAAUUAUCCGUCCUGGAAGAGUUGAUGUCCAUAUCCAUUUCCCUUUGUGUGAUUUUUCGGGUUUUAAGAUUUUGGCCAGUAGUCAUUUGGGGUUAAAGGAUCACAAAUUGUUCCCACAGGUUGAAGAGAUAUUUCAAAUCGGGGCGAGUUUGAGUCCGGCUGAAAUUGGCGAGAUUAUGAUUUCGAACCGUACUUCACCUAGCCGGGCAAUAAAAACGGUUAUUUCGGCGCUGCAUAGUAACAACGCCAGUCGUGUGGCGAGGAGGUUGUGUGGGAGUGGUUCGGGUCGUGGCUCGGAAGAGUUGGAUUGUAAGUCCGGGCUAUUUUGCAGGGAGAAUAAUAAUCCUAUGAAAGAGUUGAAGAAUUUGUAUGGAUUUUUGAGGAAUAAAAGUAGUAGAAAAACUUCAAUAGAUUUUGAUGCAGCUGAAAGAGAGAAUCAGAAUCCGAAUCCGAAUCCAAAUCCGAGUGCACAUGCAGAUUGCUAG